ACAAACUACCUAAUGAUUUCACCAGUAUCAAAGACAGGGCAAGAGCAAGCAGUGUGCCAGGGGACAGGGCGUUGUCAUCUUGUGACACUCCAGUGCCCCACCCAAUGCACACAGAGAAAGCCCAAGUACGCAGAGAAGAGUAAGGGCUGCUUCAUUGACUGCAGCAAGUGUGAAACCACUUGCAAAGUCAGGAAGCCCAAUUGCGAGGGAUACGGAUCAGUUUGUUAUGACCCUAGAUUCGUCGGUGGUGAUGGUGUGAUGUUCUAUUUCCAUGGUGCCAAGGGAGGUGACUUCGCUCUGGUGUCCGAUGAUCAUCUACAGAUCAAUGCCCACUUCAUUGGGACCAGACCACAGGGAAGAACCCGUGACUUCACAUGGGUCCAAGCGCUUGCAGUCAUGUUCGACUCACACACGUUAGUCAUCGCUGCACAAAAGAUCACCAAGUGGGAAAACAACGUAGACGCCCUCAUGGUCCGUUGGGAUGGCAUUGAUGUUGUCGUCCCAACCGAUGAAGAAGCUGAAUGGCGAAUCUUGAGCGACAACGUAAGAGGAAGAGAAGUAGUGGUAGAAAGAACUGAUGUGACCAACAGCAUCAAGGUGACGAUAGCUGGGUUGAUGGAGAUGGAUGUGAAAGUGACUCCCAUAGGAGAAGUAGAGAACCGAGUGCACAACUAUAGGUUGCCAGAAGAUGACGCAUUUGCACACUUAGAGACACAAUUCAAGUUCAAUGAUUUGACGGACAUGGUGGAAGGGGUACUGGGCCAGACUUACCGGCCAAACUACAUCAGUCCUGUUAAGAUUGGUGUCCCCAUGCCGACGAUGGGAGGUGAAGACAAGUACCGCACCAUGUCCUUCCUUUCUCCUCGGUGCUCCGCAUGUAGGUUUCAGCCACAGCUGUCUGAAACUGCAGUAACCUAUGAGUCGGGUCUGAUUGGUGUGGCUCAGUAGUAAUAAGACCGUUCUUGUUUGAAUAAUAAUCAUGUUUGGGUUUUGGGUUUGGCCCAUUAUGCAAAUGUAAUAAGGGCUAGCUGCAAUGUUUGGACCUUUUUAGUCU